AUGUCCAAAGAAGUCAUAUCUGCAGCAUCCCCCCUUACGGCCUUUACAAGCACAGCUGGGAAUACGACAAGCGUGCUUGGUUCGUGGUACAUUCCUGCGGCCUGGACACGCUAUGCACCUAUAUUAGAUGACCUUGCUCGGGCUGGUCCGCGAUUUGUCAAAAGGCUCGGCUCGUUGAUAUCCCUCCCCGAUCACCUCGAAACGACUUCAAACACAGAUACUUCAAGUUACUUGCCAGCGGCAGCUGGUGCUAGCGCCAUACUUGCCGAGGCUGGUCCAACUAUACAAAACAUCAUGGAACCUGUCUUGGGGACCGGUGGGUUAGAGACAGCCGGCACUGAUACAGCGACCACCCUGCCCAUGGGAGGACGUGUGCCUGUCGACAGUGUCCGUAGUUUGGGCAGUGUCUUUGGCUAUGCCACAAGCAAGUGGGCUUUAUGCUGCAUUGCCAUGGCCGUCAUCUUGAACCGAACACAUAUAUUCGCUGCUACUCGCCGGCGACUGCGACUCCGAUGGCCGACGAGACUGUUGCUGCGCGCUGUUCCCAUCGCUUUGCUUGUCAUCCAGGCGCGCCAGUUGCUUCAAUCCAUUCAAUGUCAGACCUCAUCCGAUUUUGCCGAAUUACGAUGGGGCAACGCGAGUAAGAGCUCCGAUCUCAUGUUCGCGCACAAUAAUCCUUUCCUUAAUUCCCUGUGCUCUGUCCUACUGUUCUCCGCUUCCGAUGAGGAGUCUUGCAUGGCUGUGCGUAUGAUACCUUCGGAUGCAUCUGGCUCUGCUCGUAAUUUAGCUGGAUCCCUGUCUCUUCUCUGGCCUUUGUUCGGAACAUUAUGUCUGAGCCAGUUCCUCGAGACUGUCUCGUGUGCUGUGCAGGGUCGUCCAGUAGCUCCUGAGACAGGCAUGACCCUUUUUGAACAAUCGCUCGCUUUCGCCGAGGCCGACGCUGCUAUCAGCAAUCAGCUUGGCUGGAACUUAUUUACCAAGACUACUUCAAUAGGCACUUCAGCGUCUGGACUCGGGAACGCUAUAGCUUUGACUCGAUCCAUGGUGCUGAAGAGGGUGAACACCUCACCGGAGGUGCUGCUUGUGGCCUUCCUAUCCUCGAUGACGCAUAUCACGAGCCACGUUCUGGGGGUCUUCAACUUGCAAGCCAAGUAUCGUUUGAUUAGCACUGGGUUUUGGGGUCUCUGCUUCAUGGCUAGCAUUGUGUGGGCAGCUAUAUCCUUUGAUCUCGAUCAUCCAUCUUCCCAGAGCCUGCUACGAUUUCCGACCGUUUGCAUUAUUGGUUUCGUACCCCAUGUUCUUGUUCUAUUCGGCAUCGGCGUAUGCCUGCUUAUAUAUGGACUGGCUUUGUUGCUUUCGACUUUAUCCCCGCCUUCGACGUCGGAUAUGGCAUCCAUGUCUUUUCAUCAACGUCUGAUUCAUGCUCAUGAAAAUAUGCAAGCGAACGUCUCCCUCUCGUCAAUCCGAAUCACUCGAGAAAUGGACUUCUACACGGCUUUACUUCGCACCGGAUUCGGUGCCAUAACUAUGGCCAGUGAAGCUGUUUAUUUGAAUGAGGAUAAAGGAGUCAGUCUCAAACGACGCACCUGGCUGGAAGAGGAGCGUUUCAAAGAGGCUGAAGAACUGCAAAGGAAGCUAAUUGUUGGUGGCUUGCCCGAUUCACGAUAUGAUCAGAUCGGCGCGAUCGGUCUGAUUCCAGUAAAGGGAGGGCCAACAAUUGCUUCCAAUGGAUACGCCCGCGAACGCGCUGCUCAGAAGAUUCCAAAAGGUCGCGGUGAGCGCAACCUCCGCGCGGGCAUCGGGGCGUCUGAAAGGAGUUCGCGCUGGCUCAUGGCGCUUGACUUUCUGCUGAGCAUCAACAAGCUUGUUGCAAGGAUUGGCGCCAAAUCGCUACUAUGGUGUCUUGCGGUCCUUCGAAUUAGAUAUCAGCCCGCCUGGCUCCUAUGGCUCGCGCAGCACCGAAAAAGCACGGAAACCAAAGCAAAGAGCAAAAACAAAGCCUCAGCCCUGGGCCAAACGCUACCUGGUGGUCCAUCUUUAUAUAGCGACGGAUCCAUCCCGAGGGAGACUUCGUCUGACAUAGAGGCGGAAUUCAGGCGUAUACGCAGUGUUCAGGACGAGGAGAGUUUUGACAAAGAGUUGUAUAAAUACUGGGUCAAGAACGGAUGGUGGGGUUCCACUGAUACAAGCGGUGAUUUCGAGCCACUUUCGGACGACGACUUUGAUACCACAAGCGUGAUCUCACUGUCGACGACUGGCGAUGGAAUUGAUGACUAUCAGAAUUGGGAAUCGGAUGAUGGGAAUGACGAUGGUCAACGAACACCCACCCAGCGAUCUCCUCAAAUGACCCAUGAGAGCACCCCUUUUCAGGACACUCCCAUGCAGAUAUCCGACCUAGCACGUCUUCUUCACCCCACGAAUCCUGAAGAGCGCGAGGAGGCCUUGACAUUGGCCGCCCAUCUUCAAAGCGAUGGCAUCAUGACACGGGCCAAAUACAAGCGAAUGGAGCAACUACAACGCACUCGCGUCCUCACAGCACCGGGAUCCAGUCUACUGCAGCCGAAAGCUGACCUUGCACAACCGAGCCGUCGUAACAAAUUAGACUUGGAUGAAGAGGAGCGUCUCUUGGAACAGCUAUUGUUGUCACGACGGCAGGCUUCGGCAGCACGAUAUGCAGAGACGUCGUGGGAGGACGGAGGAUCGGGGCUCGGUAGCGGAGGACCACAAUGCGUGGUAUGUCAAAGCUCACCCAGAACAAUCAUUGUCUGGCCUUGUCGCUGUCUGAGUCUCUGCGAUGAUUGUCGCGUCUCUCUUGCUAUGAACAACUUUGAUAAGUGCGUUUGCUGUCGUCGCGAGGUCGUCAGCUUCAGUCGUGUAUUUGUUCCUUAG